CAGCUCGGGGCGGGGACUCGCUCCCUCUCCGGCCGCUAAUGCUUUAUUAGAAGGGCGGGGGUAAAAAAUUCCCGCCGGCGCUCUCGGGGUAGGCGGGACGGCUCCCCUCCGCGCGUCGCUCCACUUGCGGGCCGCCGGGGCAGAGCUGCAGUGGGCGUGGGCGGGGUGCCAGUUCCUUCCACGAAGGAGAAGUGGGCUGGGCUAAUGCGCGGGGCUCCGCGGGUGAUUUCGCGGGUUUCUGGCUUUUCCAGAUCCUUGUUUGUUUUCUGGGGGCCGAGCUCCUCUAAGGUCCGGGGGUUUGUGACGUCCCGCGCACGUCAUCGCGAAGCUCUGUCAGAGGGUCCCGUUUCUUAGCUACGGUGCCUCCUCCCUCCUGGGGGUGAGUAGCAGACGGGUGGGCGAUCUGCGCCAGGUGUCAGCGUCCCGCCAAGGAGACAGAAGCUUAAGUGAAAAUGGUACAUAUUAGAAGACAUGAAACGAGGAAAAAUUCUAAAACUCAAGAGUGUGAACAGAAAUCUCGAGUGGAUUGGAGGCGGACUAAAAGAAGUAGUCUCUCACAAUUAUGUGAUAGUGAUGAUGAGCUUGAGAGUGAUGAGGAGCUUGAUAGUGAUGAAAGUGUUGACAAUAAUGAAAGUGUUGACAGUGACGAAGAAGCUGAUAGUAACAAGGGGCUUGAUAGUAAUAAGAAGCCAGAAAAUGAAAGAGAGCUUAAAUUAAUUAAAGUUGAAAGUGAAGGAAACAAUAGUAAGCAUCUCAUUAACACUGGCAACAGUUCAACAUAUGAAGAAGAAAAGAACAAAACCAAACAUGGAAGUAUUGACUUACCAGAUCAUGAAAAGCAUUCAGGUCAAGAGGAAGAUGAUCUCAACAAACACUCUGGACAAAUAACAGAGGAGGAUUUAGAAGAAGAACACAUCAAGCGAGGGAAGAGAAAAAGAAUCUCUUCUGUGAUGUACGACAGUGAUGAAAGUGACGACAGUGAUAUCCUAGUUAGAAAAGUGGGCGUUAAACAUCCGCGUAGAGUGGUUGAAGAUGAAUGUUCUUCAGUGGAGAUGGAGCAAAAAGAACCUGAAAAAACUUUAGCCUCAAGAAAGCGAGAACAGCUCCAGAAACUGCAAGACCUCUCAAAACAGAGAUCUCAUCAGAGACGCAGUAGUAGUAGAGAUUUUGAGGACUCUGAAAAGAAAUCCUGCCCAAGCAGUGAUGAAAAUGAUGAUGAGGAGGGGGAGGAGGAAGAUGAUUAUGAAUAUGAUGAAGAUGGAGAUGAUUAUAUUAUUGAUGACUUUGUAGUGCAAGAUGAGGAGGGUGAUGAAGAGAAUAAAAGCCAACGAGAAGAAAAGUUGACUACAUCACAACUGAAAUUAGUAAAACAGAAUUCUCUUUAUUCUUUUAGUGACCACUAUACUCACUUUGAAAGAGUUGUGAAAGCUCUUCUGAUCAAUGCUCUAGAUGAAUCUUUUCUGAGAACAUUAUAUGAUGGCACCAGGCAAAAAUCAUAUGCACAAGAUAUGUUGACAUCUCUUCAUUAUUUGGAUAACCGCUUUGUUCAGCCUCGUCUAGAGAACUUAACCUCUAGAAGUCGUUGGAAAGAGCAAUAUAAGGAGCGAGUAGAAAAUUAUUCUAAUGUAAGUAUCCAUUUGAAGAAUCCUGAGAACUGUUCCUGCCAGGCUUGUGGAUUGCAUCGCCACUGUAGAUAUUCGGUGCAUUUAUCAGGAAAGUUAUAUAACACCAGGACUAUGGAAAUAGAUGAUUUCAUGUCACAUGAUAAACAGGUGUUUACUGUUGGCAGAAUUUGUGCUAAUCGUACCAGAAUUUACCACAAACUGCAACAUUUUAAAUUCAAGCUGUACCAGGAAUGUUGCUCCAUUGCAAAGACAGAAGCGGUUGAAGAUGAACAGGUUAAAGAAACAGUGGAGAGAAUUUUCAUUCAGUCAAAAGAAAGUGGCUGGAUUAAGGAGAACAGUUCUUGUGACCUGAGAGAGAAGAAGCACCUGGUGCCGAUCUGAGGAAAAGAUCUCGGCUGCCAGUUCUAAUACCACCCACAUCCUCUUCUUGAGGACAUGGGACUGAGCAGUGAGCACUGUAACUGAAGAUCAAGGGGAAUGCAGAGGUUUCAGGCCACGGCACUGAUUUUGAUUCCCCCAUAUCCUGUUGAUCACUAAAUUUGAUAUCAGGGAUAAAGUGGGGGUUUUGAAGAGUGCACUGGAUUCCCGAAGAUCUGCUGGCAGCUCAUAAGCUCUGGUCUGCUCACAGAGCUUUUAGAAUUGUUAUGGUGCAUGGAAAGAAUGCUAAAAUGAUUGCAAUCUUCUAAAACAAGUCUAGUUACAUGACUGUAUAAGAGAGAACAGAUAAGAGAUUUUCAGGCAACUCAGAUCAACAGUAUAAAAUAAUCUUAAAAAAAAAGGCUGACUUGAGAUCCAUUGCCUGCGUUAUCUAUAUCAUAGGGAAAUUUGUAAAAGAAAAAAAUAAAAAGAGAGCUUAGAGAAUAAACUUAUGAGCAAAGGGAAAGAAAAUGAGAACAACAAAACAGGAACUUCUUAGGACAUUACAAGUUCCACAGAGGUCUCCUGGGCUGGUGAAUGACAUCAAGAUUGGUUUCCCUUUUGACAAUUAUCCGCCCACCACAAACCACCACCCAGUGAUCUCCUUGCCUGCCCCCCACAUCUUGACCCUUAAGUCGUCUUGCUCUCAUUUUUCUCUCAUCAGCUUUUUAUCUUUUACUUUGCUUCCACUUCUCUCACUCCCAAUUCUUUCCUCCUUAUCCUUCUCUGUGCUUUUUCAUUUGCCUUGGGGAAGAGCCAUCACUUACCCAGUAAGUCCCAACUUCAUUUUCCUUAAUGACAUUAAAUUAUUUAGUGCUUUUAUUGAUGGAUUUAAGUGUUGCCAACCCUCUACUGGAGUUGAAAGACCUAUUGGAACACUGCAUUUUUAAAAAAAAUUACGUACUAGGUGUAGCAAAAUCACUGUGCAUUACAUAUAUAAUAAUUUUGUAUAUAGGGAAGAACAUUAAACUUCUUGCAGAAAAAAGUAAAAGCACUUCCAAAUCACAUACCUUAGAGAAAGCUUAACAAGGUCUAUGACAACAGAAGGGACCUGGAAUAAAAAAAUAUUCUUAAGAAAAGAAAGCCAAGUAUCACAUUAUGCUUAAAGAAUAACACUUAGCAUUGGGCAUUGAAGGUAUUUCAAGAUGGUGCAUGUUUAAGACAAUGUGCACAUUUUUUUUUCACAUAAAAUACCAAAGAACUUCAUUUUCUUUUUGAGAUCCUUCCUACUUAAAAAAAAAAUUGUCUAUAGACUUUCUCAAAGGAUUUCCUAGAAACCAAAGAAGUUUAUUAGCCAGUAUAAACCCAUAUGCAGCUUUUUGUGCUGUGAUUAAAUUUCAGGAUUUAUCAAGUACCCUGACAUUUCUCAACAUCACUCUGCCUCCCCCUCAGUGUGUGUGUGUGUGUGU